CCCCAUGCGCAUGUGUUGUGCUAUGACUGUAAACUUUCUGCACGAGCUCAGUCAGUUGGCGGCGGAGCGUUGGACCGUUGUUACUGCCCCUGUCUCUGAGCCGUAACGGCAGCUCCUCCGUUAAUCAUGUCCGCCUAACGGUUUAAUUCGGUAAUUUCGUUGAAUCGAGAGAUACAUUAAAUCCCGGAGAAAAGCCGUUUGGAGAAAUGGAGGCUGUGAGCAAGUGGACCCCGCAACAAGUGGUGGACUGGAUCCGAGGGCUGGACGACAGCCUGCAGCAGUACAUCCCGUCCUUCCAGCAGCAGCAGGUGGAUGGGGAGAAGCUGCUCAGGAUGUCCCACCAGGAGCUGCUGUCUCUGGGCAUGGCGCGGGUCGGACACCAGGAGCUGGUGCUGGAGGCCGUGGAUCUGCUCUGCGCUCUGAACUACGGUGUGGAGAAGGACAACCUGAAGACUCUGGUGGGGAAGAUGAGAGCGGCGCACCACAACCUGAACACCUCUGUGUCGCAGCGCAGGAAGAACCCCGCCUACCACUGCAAAAUCUCCCAUCAGCCCUCCAACGAAUUCCUGACCGCCGUGGUCGAGCUGAUCGGAGCCGCUAAGAGUCUGCUGGCCUGGCUGGACAGGACUCCGCUGGCGAGCGCCAACAACUUCACCUCCACCAAAAGCAGAAUCAUCCAGCUGUGUCUGGAGCUCACCUCCACCGUGCAGAAGGACUGCACUGUGUAUGAGAUCGAGGAGAAGAUUCUGGAAGUGUCUCGAGCUCUAAACGCUGUCUGCGAGAAGACGGUCCAGGCGACCUCGGACCCCUCAGAGAGCGGGAUUUCCUGUCUGGAGGAGGUGCUCAUCACCAACAUCAAGCCUGACCAGGGACUGGGUAUUUACAUCAAAUCCACCUACGACGGGCUUCACGUCAUCACAGGAACAACAGAGAAUUCCCCUGCAGAUCAAACUCAGAGGAUUCAUGCUGGAGAUGAAGUCAUUCAGGUCAACAGACAGACAGUGGUGGGCUGGCAACUGAAGCACCUGGUGGAGAAGCUGAGGGCGGAGUCUGGCAGCGUCGUCCUGGUGGUGAAGAAGAGGCCGUUAGGAACGAGUGGCGGCUUCGCUGCCGCGCCGCUGAAGAACCUGCGCUGGAGGCCUCCGCUCAUACAGACCUCUCAGGGAGCUCCGGGUCUCCACAGAUCCCAGCAGCCAGAACCAUUGGACGCUCCUGGGAAGAGAGGGACGACGGCCAUAUUGGAUCUGUACGUCCCUCCUCCCCCUGCGGCCCCUUACACACCGCUAGACGGGAACAUGAACGUGUCUCUGGGUGUGAAAAUGAGGCCCAAGUCUCCGAACUCGUGUCUGGAUGCAGACGUGCGGCGGCGCUCCACUGUCACCGACGACGACGACAAACGGACAUCCGUCCAUCGGUCCCCCCCGCCUGAACACAACCAACCAGUUGCUGUGUGCCUUCGACAGCGCUCGUCUACACGCUGUAAACCUCGACCCGUCUCCAUGCCGGUAGAGUCGUUUUCAGGGGACCCGUCCUCCAGGCCCGGGGCUCGGGGAAGGAAAGGACAGGACGUCCUGCACAGAUAUCUGAGCAACGAGGGUAUCAGCACCAUCACAGAGGAGGAGCCGUGUUUCCCUCUGCCGUACCGAGGACACCCGUCCGUCCGCGGCGUCGACCACAUCAGAGGCAGCCAGUGCUUCAUCAACGCAAACCUGCACAACAGCGCCACCAUCCCUUACCAGGAAGCCGCGUCCAAGAAGCCUGCUGCCUCCACCUCCACCUCUGCUGCUGUUUCUCCACCCAGGGCUGUGACCAAACAGUCGACAUCGCUGCUCGGAGGCUGGCUGGCUCGACUCAGGCUGCUCAGCCACUGACGGAGUCAAAAAUGCAUUCCUCUCACCUGACUUCUACAGGAGGCUGUGGACUCUCGCCCUGAUCCUCAGGAUGUCUACAGGAAAACAAGGUUAUUAAAUGGCUGUUAGUUCAAGACCUUCAGCAAAUAAUCAGUCAUAUACAAACAGUUCAUGGAAAACCAAAUUCUGGUAUCAACCAAAGAUGUAAAAAGUCAACGCCAGAGCGAAGAAACAUCACAGAGCAACAGUUAAUUAUUUUUUCUACAUCGACCAGGACAGUUUUUAUUCAAUUUAUCAUCAUGAACUUCACACUAGAAACUGUUGACACUCAAUUUUCCAGUUAAAUUUAUAAUUAAAAAUAGAAAAUUGGAAAAAUUCAAUUCAAGCUCUAAAGACAGCUCAACAGUAAUUAUGAAUUUGAUUGUGGCUUUAAACAAGUAUUACAUUAUCUACACCAGUUCUGAAUUUGGACCAGUUACGUGUAUAUAAAAACCGUGAAUCGGUUAACAAACACACUUUGCAGCGUCGCUUUUUGAAUGCUGAAAACCGACUUUCUGUAACACUGUUUGGACCUGCUGAGCUUCCAUACGGGACGUCAAACUCAAGGAAAAACAAGUAGAAAUAUUCAACUUGUGCAUGGAAACAGAAAAUAGUUAUACUUUUUUGUUUUGGGGCCUUUUCACUGCUCAAAAAGUACCUCAUCAUUUUUGUUUAUGGCAGCCUGAAUCUGCUGAGAAUGAAGCUGGCUUUUGUUUUCAACAGAUUUGGGUUUGUUACGAUCGCUCAAGUUAAAACAACAAGAAUCCGUGAGCAGAAUUAGACUCUGUACAUUUUAACUAUCCCAACUAGUUGAGAUUCAAGGCCUUAAAAUUCACCUGACAAGUCCACAUUUAGAGCAAUUAAUCAAACUUUAGUGGAUUUCUUGUUUAAAAAUGGUGAAGCAUUUCUAAACAUCAGAGCUGCUGCAUCAAGUCUUUUCUCUUUAAAUCUCAGGAGCCGCUAGUGCCUCUUAAAUAUGUAUAAAUGUUUGAUAGAUUGUUUUUAUUUUAUCACUGCAAAGAUGUGCUUAUGAGAAGGUAAAAAAAGCUCAACACUGUUUCUUAAUAUUCCUGAUGCUUCACAAAAGUCUGGAAUAACAUAAGCUUGUUUUUAGGAAACAAUUUUAAUGAAUUAAAUGCUAAUUUAUCAAAAUGCUUCAACAGUCAAAGGAAGCAUGUUAGAUUACAUUAAUAAAAUGUUAAUCAACAGGGUUUUUUAACAACAAACAUUUAAAAAAAGCAGUCGUUAAGUUAUCGUAAAUUUAAAAAAUAAACAAAACUAACUUUUGAAUCUGUUAGUUUUUUAAUGAAAGAACAAAAAAACUGAAGAAGGAAUGAGUUCACAGUUAUACAGAGAUGUUAUCACAUUUUUUUCAAAUAUUUUGCUCAGAUUUUUGGUUUAAGAGUGACUUUAAAAUGUUAAAUUUCAACAUGUCUUUUUUUAAAUUUUAUUUUUUUAGAUUUUUUGUUUAAAUUUCAAACUUACACUUGAGUUUAUUCUGAAAACAAAACUGCUGUCAUUUGACUUGCAGAUUUAGCUGAAAGCUGCUUACAAUUUCAGGUUAAACUAACUGAUAUUAAGUAUUUCAGGUGUGGCUCACUGCACUCUAAAA